GAAGAAGAAGGGUGUGACCUUCGUCAUCGACUGCUCGAAGCCGGUGGAUGACAAGAUCAUGGAUAACGCCUCUCUGGAGCAGUUCCUCCAGGAGCGAAUCAAGGUCGGCGGUAAGGCCGGAGCGCUAGGAGACUCAGUUACCAUCACCCGAGAUAAGACCAAAAUUACCGUCACUGCAGAUUCCAACUUUUCCAAGCGGUAUUUGAAAUACUUAACAAAGAAGUAUCUGAAGAAGAACAAUGUGCGAGAUUGGCUGCGUGUUAUAUCUUCAAACAAGGAUAAAAAUGUGUAUGAAUUGAGAUACUUCAACAUUGCCAAAAAUGAGGCGGA